AUGGCGCGGCCUCACGCGUUCCGGCUGUGGCUUCUGCUGUGGCAGGUGCGCCUCGGUGGCUACCGCCAGCCGGGCGGCAGGCGUGGCGCCAACGAGCGGCGGCGGGCCGUGCGGGCGCUCAUCCACCCUCGCUUCAAGACGGGGGUCACAGACCCGCUGACGGAUGAUCUGCUGAACAACGAUGUGGCGCUGCUGCUGCUGGACCGACCCAGCACCAUGCCGCCUGUGCGGCUGGCGCGCCACCGGGCCAAGGUGAACUGGACCAACCCCGCGCCUGACUACACCACUGUGACCAUGCUGGGCUGGGGGCUGAUCUACCCAGACCCAGCCGACCAAUCCGCGGCCCGCCUGCCAGACAGGCUGCAGCUGCUCACCACGACGCUGCUGCCCCUGGCGACCUGCCAGAAGGAGAGGCGACUCUCGCUGUUCACCGAUGAUCAGGGGCGAGGGCAUCAUGUGGUGUACAACUGGGACACCAAUACCAUGAUCUGCACCAAACGCAAGGCUGGCCAAACCGCGGAGAGCAGGGGCGUGCCCUGGUGA